UCAACUUCAAAGGAAAAACAAGCACUAGUAUGUAGUUUGUGUCUAAAUACCCCCAGCAAAGCAUAAAUAAGAUAGAUCGUCUACAAAGCAACUUCCAACAGCUAGCUAGUUGCUCCAAACACCUGCAAGGGCCAAGGACGAAGAUCCAUCUCUCGUCUCUCCAAUUCAUUCAAGGUUGUCAAUUGCUGGCGUGUCUUCUUCACUAAACAUUAGUACUAUUUUCCAAUUUCCCUGACAUUUUCUCGCUCCAAAUCCCAUAAAGAAAAUCACAAUGUUCUGACCCUAUGCAACUGCUCCUAGAGACAUAUUGUAGCAAACAGAAGUCUCCAAUUUUUUGAUCUUGGUACACCAACCAUAACAAUGGCAUUCCCAACCCUACCAAUUACACUCACAUGCCUUACACUGUUGGUAUUCUUGUCGAUUGCCAUGGCAGCUGCUAACGACUCCAUGGACUCUGGCCUUGUCCUCCUAAAUUGCGGAGAAUCAAAGCAAGACAAUGACAGUAGUGGCCGUAUGUGGGACGGGGACACCGGCUCCAAAUUCAUGACAUCGUUUAAAGGGGUUGCAGCCAAUGCUUCAUACCAAGACCCUUCACUCCCCUCCAUGGUCCCUUAUAUGAGUGCACGCAUCUUCACUUCAAAUUACACCUAUUCCUUCCCUGUCAACCCAGGCCGCAUGUUCUUACGCCUUUACUUCUAUCCGAUUUCUUAUGGAAACUAUACUAUGUCCGAUGCCUUCUUUGGUGUCACCUUAGGAAAUCUAGUCCUCCUGAAUAGCUUCAAUGCUUCACAAACGGCUCAGGCGGCCAAUUAUGCCUACCUUGUCCGUGAAUUCUCGGUGUAUAGUUCUUCACACAGUUUGGACAUCACCUUUGCCCCAUCAGCACAUCAGAACAGUUCUUAUGCAUUUGUCAAUGGCAUAGAGAUUGUGCCCACACCUGACAUCUUCACAACAGCUGACACAAUAUUUGUCCACCAUGAUUACAUAGCUCCAUUCACAUUUGCCGCUAACACAGGCUUCCAGACUAUGUACCGGUUCAAUGUCGGGGGCCAAGCCAAUUCCCCCGAGAAUGACUCAGGAUUUUACCGCUUAUGGGCCGAUGAUUCCCCAUACAUAUUUGGUGCUAGCUCUGGGGUGACAUACUACAAAGAUAAUAAUGUGACUAUUAGGUACACACCCGUAGUGCCAAAGUACAUAGCGCCACUUGACGUCUAUGGUACAGCUCGGUCGAUGGGACCAACUGCACAGGUCAACCUGAAUUACAACCUUACAUGGAUUUUACCUGUUGAUGCGGGGUUCAUUUACCUCCUAAGGUUCCAUUUCUGUGAGAUUCAGUAUCCUAUUACCAAGGAGAACCAGAGGACGUUCUACAUCUACAUCAACAACCAGACAGCACAAUGGGCCAUGGAUGUAAUCUCUUUGAGUGGAGGACUCGGUAGAACAUCAUAUAGAGACUAUGUUAUCAUGGCUAGUGGUUCCGGUCAGGUGGACAUGUGGAUUGCACUUCACCCUGAUAUUUCAACUAAGCCACGCUAUGUUGAUGCGAUACUGAAUGGUCUUGAGGUCUUCAAGCUACAGGGUCAUAAACCGAACAAUCUUGCUGGGAUCAAUCCUCCACUUCAACAAAAUCCUGACGUGGAACCUAAGAGGGUAGCUGGCGGUGCAAGAAAGUUCAAAAGUGGCCUACUAGUAGCCAUCGGUGGCGGUUUUGCUUUGAUGUUGAUUGCCCUUUUCAGCAUGUGUGUUAUUUGCCGACGAAAAAAAGUAGGGAAGAGUUCUUGCAAGACCAACAACAGACAUCUAAAUCAUCCCGCAUGUGGUCUCGUGCGUCAGUUCUCAUUUUCACAAACUCAAAUUGCCACCAACGACUUUGAUGAGGAACUAAUCAUUGGCAGAGGUGGAUUUGGUAAUGUCUACAGUGGUGAGAUAGAUGGAGGGACAAAGGUGGCGAUCAAGCGACUCAACCAGGAAUCCCAACAAGGCAGUCAUGAGUUCCGGGCUGAAAUUGAGAUGCUGUGCAAUUUCCGCCAUGGCCACCUUGUGUCUUUGAUUGGCUACUGCCAGGACAAUAAUGAGAUGAUUUUGGUGUAUGACUACAUGGUUCAUGGAACAUUGCGUGAGCACCUGUACAAUACCCGAAACUCACCACUAUCGUGGCGGCGGCGCCUUGAGAUCUGCAUCGGUGCAGCUCGUGGACUGCAUUACCUCCACACUGGCACAGAGAAAGGAAUCAUCCACCGUGAUGUUAAGACAUCAAACAUCCUACUGGAUGAGAGGUUCAUGGCGAAGGUUUCUGACUUUGGUCUGUCUAAGGCUUUUCCAGCCAUUGACAAUACCCACGUGAGCACCGCUGUGAAAGGCACCUUUGGAUAUUUUGAUCCGGAGUACUUCCUAUUGCGGCGUCUCACCAAAAAAUCAGAUGUGUACUCCUUCGGAGUCAUGUUGUUUGAGAUCCUGUGUGCGCGCCCUGUGAUAAACACUGAGCUCCCAGACGAGCAAGUGAGCUUACGUGACUGGGCGCUAUAUUGCCUAGACAGAGGCGUACUUGAGGAGAUUGUUGACCCUUGUGUAAAGGACGAGAUCACCCCCGAGUGCUUCAGUAUAUUUGCAGAGCUAGCAGAAAAAUGUGUUGCUGAUCGUAGCAUGGAUCGGCCAACAAUGGGAGAUGUACUUCAGAACCUUGAGGUCGCACUCAGGUUGCAGGACAAUAACAACUGUGUCGGGAGGCCAUCGUCUCUUCAGAUCAUCGGAAUGCAUUCAGACAAACCAUCGACCCACUCAAUCAUUAGUGUCGCUGCACAGGGAGAGAUAUUUUCAGAUAUUAUACAUCUGGAAGGCCGAUGAAAGCAAACUGCAGAUAUUAAAAGGAGAUGCCACAUAUUUUACACAACUGAACCCUACAGGAUGGAGUCUGGAGACAAACAUUCAAUGCAAAGGUGCUAGAGCCUGAAUAUACUAGUAUAUAGCUAUCUGUUGUCUUUAUCACUUCUUGUUGAUUCAAUUCCAUCUUACUGGUUCACUGGUAUGCUAGAGCCUGAAUAUGUACUUCCCACUGUUUUGGUUCACUUGCCAGGAGUGGUCAGGUUUAGCUCGCUAGUCCGGUCAAGUGAAGGACUAGCAAAUUAAUUUCCUGCUGAUAGCGCAAGAAGACCCAGGGUGGUUUAUUUGUACUAUAUAUAGGAUAUUAGCUAGGCUUGUGAGCAAUGCAGAAUAUAUAUGAGGCCCGCAGGGAUUAAAUAUGCCAA